CGCACCAGUCAGCGCAGUCGGGACACAGCAGAAAUACGUUUCUGACGGCCUUUCUUGAAUUUUGUUUUUUUUAAAUUUGCUGGAAUAGGUAAAAAAAAACUGUCAUUAAACUUACAGAUUAUCAGUUUCCUUCGAAGCAUACGUUAUCUAAAUGGGGAAGUCAGAGGAUCCAAAGAUUGCAGGAGCAGUGGAAGCUUCGAAUCUUGAAUUCUAGAUGCGAACCCUUAUCCAGCCUGCUAGGGCAUCCUCCAAAUCCAAUUCCCAAUUCCAGAAGAUACCCAGUUGUUUCUCAUCCGAAUCGUUUCGAAACUUCGGCUUCAGAGGCACCCAUGAUCCGCCAUUUCCUUCUCGUUCUAGGCGUUUUACUCGUCGCUUCGGGGUCCCUCGGUGAAUUUUCGACUUCAGAAUCAUCGGAGGAUCCGGCUCCAAGUCCGCGUAGGGAUGAUUUCAUGUACUCGAGUCGACCCACGAGACGAUCUUUGCUGUCUCUUCCCAAUAAAAAUGACACCGCAUUGGUGGCUGCCUUGAACGGUACAAUCCAUUUAGUGGAGAGUAAUUCCAUGAAAGUGCUCUGGUCAUUUACAUCAGGACCUUCAAUCUAUUCUUCAUAUCAGGCUCCUCUUGACCAAGAUAACGCAACUGAUUGGGGUUCUGGUUUUUUUGUGGACUGUGGAGAGGACUGGGAGUUGUAUAUGCACGGCCGGCACUUUGGUAAAGUGAAACUUCCAAUGACUGCUGAAGAAUUCAUCAGCAGCACACCGCAUGUGUCUGAGGAUGGAGGAGUUAUACUUGGGUCCAAACAAACUACUGUGUUUCUGCUUAAUGCUAAGACUGGAAAACUAAUACAUUCUUAUAGGUCAUUGGAGUCUCCACCCACGCCACUGAGCAACAAAGAGGAGAGUGUUGUGCAUGAUAAAGAUAUUAAGGAAUGGGUAGAUUCUGGUUCUACAAACCUGAAUAUUGUUGAGCCACGUCUUUAUAUUACAAGAACAGACUAUUCAUUGCAGUCGUUUGCACAAGGUUCAGACAAAGUUUUAUGGAAUAUGACAGUUGCUGAAAUUGGUGCUGCUUUUCUUUGUCAAGGUACUGAGAAUCUGUUUAGCAGGCCACCUUUAAAUCUGGGAUGUGAACUUGGCCCUGAAUAUAACUGUGAUUUUGAAAUGCCAUUGCCAUGUCAAUCAAAGGCCGUUGUCUACCGAUAUCGUGGUCAUACUAUGUUGGAACCUUUUCCUAGGCAUGAUAGGCUGCAGGAGGCUCAUCAAGAAGAUAGGCUGCUUUUGCAACCCAAUAUCGAUAAAACUUUAGACUUUCACCCCCAAGAUAUGAUGCUUCCAGCUGUUGUUCCAAACCAUAUGCUUCCUUCAGAGCCCAAAGAUGAGAUAUCUUUAAACUUUCAGGAUAACAAUGACAGUGAAGCUGUGCUCCCCUUAUCUCCUCCCAAGAUAAAAAACUCGGGGAUCUCUGGCCAGAAUGUGCAAAUGCCUUAUAAUGGUGGUUUAAGUAUGUUUUCUGGAGGGUCAGUCUUGUUUUCUCUCAUUGUAUUCAUUGUCAUUCUCUUGGUCUCUGUCAUCUACUGCUGUACUCGAGUGGCUGGAGAACAAGGUGAGAUGAACAAGCAACCAAAUGAUUCAGAUUCAAACUCUGUACCUUCCAAAAAAAGGAAAAUUCGGAAAUCGGCAAAGAAUAACAUCAGUUCAGGAAAAAAGGAUGAGCAUGUCUUGUCUGAAAAUAAGGAUGGGUCUGCUCACAUUGCCAGUGAUAACAGCCCAUGGUUGAACCUUAAUGGACUUGUUGAUGGUGACACAAAUGGACGUAUUGUUGGUAAAUUAUUUGUAUCGAAUACAGUGAUUGCUAAGGGAAGUAAUGGCACUAUUGUCCUUGAGGGAAUCCAUGAAGGCCGCUCGGUUGCUGUGAAACGCCUUGUCUGGGCUCACCAUGAUGUGGCUUUUAAAGAAAUUCAAAAUCUUAUUGCAUCUGACCGGCAUCCAAAUAUUGUUCGAUGGUAUGGAGUGGAGUAUGAUCAAGAUUUUGUGUAUCUAUCACUGGAACGUUGUACAUGCAGCUUAAAUGAUUUGCUUCAGAUUCACUCAAAUUCCUCCCUAAACCCAGGGUUCACCAUGGACCAAGCUACAAAAGCUAUGAUGGAGUAUAGAAUCCAGUUGGAUUCAGUGAAAUGUAUUGUGCAGGAUAUCAAAUUGUGGAAAUCAAAUGGCUAUCCUUCAUCUGUAUUAUUAAGCUUAAUGAGGGAUGUGGUUUCUGGGCUUGUACAUUUACAUGACUUGGGAAUAAUUCAUCGAGACUUGAAGCCUCAAAAUGUGUUGAUAAUUAAGGAAAAAUCUUUAUGUGCAAAGCUUUCUGAUAUGGGUAUUAGCAAGCGCCUUGUUGGGGAUAUGUCUUCCUUGGGUCAUCAUGCUACUGGUUAUGGCAGUUCGGGUUGGCAGGCACCUGAGCAGCUUCUUCAUGGACGCCAAACACGAGCAGUAGAUUUGUUUAGUUUAGGUUGCAUCCUCUUUUCCUGCAUCACUGGUGGAAGACAUCCAUUUGGCGACCCUCUUGAACGUGAUGUCAAUAUUGUUAAGAACAAACCGGACCUCUUCUUAGUGGAGUUUAUUCCAGAAGCUUUGGAUCUUUUUGCUCGUUUGUUAGACCCCAAGCCUGAAUUGAGGCCAAAGGCCUCGGAGGUCUUGUACCAUCCUCUGUUUUGGAGCUCCGAGCUGCGGUUGUCAUUUCUUCGUGAUGCAAGUGACAGGGUAGAAUUGGAAGAUAGGGAGAGUAAUUCCCAUGUCUUGAAGGCAUUAGAAGGUACUGCACCAACGGCAUUGGGUGGGAAAUGGAAUGAAAAAAUGGAACCUGCAUUCCUUGCUGAUAUUGGACGUUACAGGCGAUAUAAGUUUGAUAGUGUUCGGGAUUUAUUGCGAGUCAUACGGAACAAGUUGAAUCAUUACAGAGAGCUUCCCAGAGAAAUUCAGGAAAUCUUGGGAUCAGUUCCUGAAGGAUUUGACAGCUAUUUUUCAAGCCGAUUCCCAAGGCUCUUGAUUGAGGUGUACAAAGUUGUAUCCAGACACUGUAAGGGAGAGGAAUGUUUUCAGAAGUAUUUCAAAGCAAUGUAGUUAAAGGACAUUUUAUGUAGUUAAAGUAUUUCAAAGUCUUUCUGGCUUCUUAAAGGACUAGAUGGCGAUAAAUUGAUGCAGUACUAGGAACAGAGAGACCGUUGGUUGCUAUGCUGCAAAAGGGCUACUUUUUAUGUGACUGCUGAUGAAAUAGCUAUUGGUAUAGGAGAUGUAAUUGACCUCCCUUUUAGGUUGUGUAUAUUAGUGUAAAUGUGGUUGUAUUCUAAUAAUGUAUGAUUAAUCAUAUGAAAUAAUCAUCAAAUAUAUUCACUCUAUGGUCUUUAA